AUGGAGGAAAAUCAAGCUUUUCCAAAAGUCGAUGUACACUAUAAUGGUACUUUUGUGCCUAAUCCGUUAGUGUAUUUUGCUCCACAAGUACUACGUCUUAAUGAAGAUGCAAACAAGUUUGGUUUCUCCGAUUUCAUCAAAUAUGUUGAGAAGCUUAUCGAUUUUCAGUGCAAGCAUGUGUAUUACUGUAUACCUGAAGUGAGAUUGAGUGGGGGGCUCCAAACACUACAAAAUGAAUGUGACUACUCUGAGUUUCUUGAGGUUGCAAAUGCUAACAGACAUGUGGAUGUGUAUAUUGACCAUGAUAAUGAACCUCUAUUUGAGUGGAUUCAGAAAGAAGAACCAGACGAUGAAGAACUUGUGUAUUCAGAAGAAGAUGUCGACUCUGUUUUGGCAGAUGAUGAGAACUAUGAACAUGAAGAGGAUGAAUGUGUUACAUCAAGCAAAAGAUUCUUCAAAAGAACCUAUAAUGAUAAGUUUUUGAACAAGUUAUGUCCAGUAGUUGUUGAAGAUGAAGAUGAACUAGGCAAUGAACUUCCAGCUGUCUACCCUAGGCAUGAUGCUACUCAGGAAUGGAGGAAGAUGAAGCAUGAACUAGUGAGGGGUCCUUCUGAAGCAGGUCCAAGUAAAGCAAGAAAGAAGAGUAAUGCAAAAAAUUGUCCUUCACAAGCAGGUCCAAGCACUCCAGCUCCAAGUGCUCCAACACCUCUUGUCAUUCAAGAGCAUGUCCCUGUGAAUCAAGAGCUUGUCAUUCAAGAGAAUGUCCCUGUGAAUCAAGAGCAUGUGAAUGAAGAUCCUAUGAAUCAAGUUCCUGUGAAUGAAGAUCCUGUGAAUCAAGUUCCUGUGAAUCAAGUGCCUGUGAAUCUUGGUGUUAGGGUGCCUAGGAGACUUGGUGUUAGAGCAAGGAAGCCUUCAAAGAGAAUCAACAAGGUACAAAUCAGGAAGCAGGUUUUCAGAAAGGAUGGCAAAGGAGUGACUGAGGACAACCCAGUUACUUUAGAUUUAGAUUGA